UGGCGGCGAGUCACGGGAGCCGUGAGGGCAGCGGGGGCCCGGGUGGUGGCGGGCCCUCCCCCGGGGGCGGCCUCCCCGGAGCCAGCGGCCCACCUCCGCCUUCAGCGGCUGCUGGUACGGCCAGGCGAGGUGGCCCAAUCCAGCGGCCAUGGCGGGCCGGGCCGAGGCCCCGCGGGGCCUGCAGCCCAAGUGGGUGGCGGGGGCGGGGAGGGCGGCCAGUACGUGGGCGGCGGGGAGAGCAGCUUGGAGGACACGCUGGAACAAUGGAGCCGUAACCCGCUGUUGUGCUGGCUGUGCGAGGAACUGUACGAGGAGCCGUGCCUGCUGGCCUGCUACCACACCUUCUGCUCCCGCUGCCUCAGGCCCAGACUGCACGACGCCAAGAUUCUAUGUCCGCUGUGUGGGAAGGUGACGGCCCUGAAGGAGGGGCAGCUCCCCCCGCGGGACAACCUGAUGGCCUUCCUGGUGGAGUCCUCGUGCGAGGAGCGGCCGCAGUGUGCCAACUGUGAUAAGACCAACCAGUCCGCCAUGUUCUUCUGUAAUACCUGCGGCCAGGUGCUCUGCGGACACUGCCGGGAAGAGACGCACAGAGCUCGCAUGUUUUCACUUCACGAUAUCAUCCACAUGUCUAAGCGAGGGAAGGAAGUCAACAGAAAGUGCACCAUGCAUGGGGAACCGCAGAUCAUGUUCUCGACCCCCAAACGCACCAUGUUGUGCAUCACUUGCUUCAGGGAAACCUCCAUCGACGAUCGCCUCCACUGCAUCGACCUCGACACCGCCUAUACCCAAGGAUGCAAGAAGCUCGACCGCGCCGUCAUGAGUAUCCGGGAGCUGCAGAAUUCAGUGCGAGACGGGGUUAUCUUGUUCAAGGCGCUGCUCGACGAACUGCGAAAGAACAUGGAGACGGAGAAGCACAACAUCAACACCCUCUCGGAAAACCUGCAGGAGACCGUCAGACGAACACACGAUAUCCUCAUGCGGGAAGUGGACGGGCAGUACGAGGUGAAGGACAAGUUGUUUCGCAGUCAGCUGGCGUCACUCGGAGCGCUGCUGCCGAUCAUUCAGGUGCAUCUGUUAAUGUGCACCACCUUCUCCUCUUCCGCCUCCAAGUAUGAGUUUCUCGACCUCGUGUUCCAGUUGAUGGAGAGGCUGGCUGCCAUCGCUCACCUUUCACAUCCGCUUAGGCCCGGCCAGAGCAGCCAGGUGCGCAGUAACUUCAAGAGUGAGUUCUCGCGCAGCCUGGAGCCGCUGCUGUCUGUGAUGGGAAAGGGCCGCGGUGACCCCCAUGCCGGACUGCCCUCAGGGUCUUCAGGUUGCAGCGAGAAGCAAUCGUCGGAGGGUGGCUGUGCGUCCCGGCCGCCCUCCGCCGCCUCCGUGAUGGGGCCUCCUCCCUUCGGAAUGCCCGCGUCCCGCCGCUCCCUCUCCGCCGCCAAGCUGAAGAUUAUGGAGACCGGGGGACCCUUCGCCGAGCACUGCAAGACCCAUGAGAAUAAGUUUCGACAAGAACUGACGGCCAAGUUCACUCGACUAAAGGAGGAGGCGCAGGAGCUACACCGGGAUGUGACCCAUCGCCGGUGUCUGACGCGCCGGGGCCGAGUGGAGGAGAUCGUGAGGGAGUGUGCGGCGCUGGAGGACGAGUUCCGAGCGUAUUCCGACGAGAUGGAAGAGCUGAGAGGGGUGUUUGAUUCUGCGUGGGAGGAGCAGAUCCAGAGAGUGUACGCGGAGCAGGAGGUGUUCCAGUCUCAGGUGAAUGACGUGUCCAGCUUGAGAGACGAGAACAAGAGACUCAUGAUAAUCGCACAGCAGCUGGAACCUUACAUCCGCUCCAUCACUGCCCUCAUGGAAAGAAUAUCGCCUAAACUCCAGGUUCCUCAGGGCGGCGCGUCCUCCACUGUCGACUCCAGCGAGAAUAUCAUGCAGCAAAUCCUGGACCAGAUCAGCGCCUGUAAGCCAGACCAGCAGCAGAGGGGGUGUGCGGACGGGGCAAGUCGCGUGUCUGGCCCCGUGGAUGACUCGGCAGGUGGUGGUGGUGGUGGUGGUGGCGGCGGCCUCGGGGGUACAGGAGGAGGGUCUUCCAUGCUUAUAGCGGGGAUCCCAAAGCCUCCAGAUCCCCCUCACAGCCGCCGGACGCCAGAGCAGGAGGAGGAGGAUGAGGAGAGCGAUCAUGCCCAUGGCUUCUCUCCAGGGCCGGGCUCAGGCCGGGCAGAUCCGGGCCUCACUAGGGAGGGGGACAAGUUCCGGGGGCCCCUAUCACCGGCCUCCUCCAUGGGCUCCACACUAGCGUCCUCUGUCCUCGGUGGAUCCUUCGUCGAAGUGCGGCGUGCAGAACGUAUCGUCGGACGGAGGCGCCAGAACAGUGAGGGCGAUUCGUUAGGGUGGGAGCGACAUCGAGGCUGUGAGAGCGAGAGUGAAAUGAUGUCGUCGACAACUUCCCUGCGAGCCCAUCAACGGCGAGGAUCAGAGGGAAGUGAUGUGGAAGAAGUGCAAAAAGGCAUUUUUAUGCAGCUUCUAGAAAAGGUUCGCCUGAGAGAUGAGAAAAAGAAACAAGAUUACGAGAGCGACGCGGACGAGGGUCGCGCCUCGUCGCGGGAGCGGGGUGCCGUCGGUCGCGUGGUGCACCGCCUUCCCCGCACCAAAAUCCAGUCUGACCACCACCCUCACCGCUACCCCGACCUCGCCGCCGCCGCGUUCGAUGCGUCAGCAGUUCCUGAAAGACCCAAGUCUGCCUGUGAUAACACGCUGCUGCGCGUUGCCGCCAAGCUGUACUCCGGGAUGGGGUCGGUGCGGGCUCUCAGCGGAGACCACGAGCCCACCGCCGGGCAGCUCGAGGAGAUGCGGGAGGCCCAGGCGAGAGUGGCAGCUGCUGCCUCGCGUUCCCGAGAGAGCUCGCAGGGGCGGGCCCGAUCGGCGGAGCGGGAGGCGGCGGGGAUCAGAACUCCCAAGGCCGUGCCCGUGCCGCAGGUGCCACAAGGAGAGCAGGGCAGGGGAGGCGAGUUCAACCUGGGCGAGGUGAAGGCCAUCGUACACGCUGAGCAGAUGGGGGGACCCAACCGCAAGUCUCCCGGACGUAAGGACAUGGACUCCAUCUACGCCGUGGCCACCGUGCCCCGCAAGGCAUCCAAAAAGGAGAACAUCUACGAAAACGUUCCCAUGCUGGCUGAACUGGCCGGGGCUCGCUCCUUACGCGAUGACCCUCACUACCGGCCGGUCUUCAAGAAACAAAACUCGCUGGAUGCUCUUCCCUCGGACGGUGGGCGGGGGAGAGAGGCUAAGAAGAGUAACGGCGGGGGCAGCCACGGGGGCUCCCGGCACGGCACCCUCAGGAAGGCGGACAGCUUCGAAGGCCACGAGGAGGCCGUCAAGACGCUGGUGGCCGCCGUUCAGGAGACCAGAAUACUGAGGCGCAAAAAGACUAAAUGAUCGUCUGUUUUAGACUUAGUUUCAAAGGAGUCGUCUUUUUACACAUAUUUUCAUGCUUGUCGUUGCCUGCAUCCGAGAAAAUUUUCAUUUUCAAGUUGAUUAAGUGCUGAAUAGAUACAAGUGGAGAUUCCCGUUAAGCGGUAAGGAAGACAACGUAACGUUUAACGUAUCCGAACGACAAAUACUGACGAAAUACACGACGCGUCUGGUUUUACCAAAGAGUUUGUGCUGAAUCUUUGAGUGCUGAGUGUUGCGGCGAGAUAGAGUGCUGAGGCAGUGCUGUUCGGUGGUCACUGUAACACUGCUGAGUAUGUGUCCAAACAUUAAGUGGUGUAACUCAGUCGAUCAGUCAAUCAAUUAAUUGCCGUGACGUCAUCGUUCCAGCGUUCCAGGAUAUCCUGCGGCUGCCCCGAGGCCGCUCACCGGCCCCCACCACGGCCGCCGCCCCCAGCGCCGCUCCGGUCUCGCCCUCGCCCCGCCCAAGCUCAUCCACGCGGUCACUAAAGAUUAUUCCUGACGGCGCACCUUUGUAUAUGCUGCAGGCAUAACUAAGUUAAGGCUCUCAAGGCUCCAGGCCCGACGCGCCUCAGGUUCACUCGGCUCAAGACCUGAAGGCAACAUUUCCGGGCGCCACCGGGCUCAGUGAGGACCGCCAGCGAGGGUAAUAAUACUGUGUGUGUUAAGGUAGUAUUUUGUACACGAGAGGUCCUGCAGUGGUCACGGAGCCUGUUGCCGGACUCAGCAGUCCCCGGCCAGGCAUCGCACACUGGCAGGCCGCCCCGGCUUCCUCUGUAGCUGCUCACGAUGAUAGGCACCGCGAGGCUUGCGGCGCGCCAUCCAGACUCAUCCAGAGCUCAGGGUGUCGUCCACGCCAGCCCCGCCCCUUCCCCGACAGGAGGGAGCGGACAAGGGGGGGCCAGGGGCGGGCACGGGAAACACACGGGGUGGGGAGGAUCACUACAGGGAAAGUGAACUUGGUGGCAUCGCUCAGUACAAUUGGAAGAAAACCCAUUCCAGUCACGGCACUGAAUAUGCAUCAGGAAAAUUGAUACAAUCGAAAGGGACGGAGGGGGUGACCAGUGCUGGGGUCACGCCAAGAGUCUCCCCAGCGAAGCUCACCCCAUCCUGUUCCGCCCCGCCCCGCCCCGGCCCGCCCCGUCCCUGCCACAACCCGCCACAACCCGCCCCAGAACCGCCCCGAGGCGCUGAAACAAAUCAAAACUUCCCACCACGAGGGCGCCACACCGUCGCAGUAGGUCAGGUCAGGUCAGGAGCGGUCAGGUCACCUCCCACGCAUGAUGCAAUCUAAUCAAAAAAUCAUAAUGGAUAAUCAACCGCACAGAUUUAGCUUUUGUAUCUGUAUAACUUUGCUUUCGUUGCUAUAGUAACUUUGAAUUUUUCUUAUAUCCAUCCGAUACGCGUGCACUCUCUCUCUCUCUCUCUCUCUCUCUCUCUCUCUCUCUCUCUCUCUCUCUCUCUCUCUCUCUCUCUCUCUCUCUCUCUCUUAUAACACAAAUAAUUUUAAACGUCUUUUUCCUUCCGUUUUCUUCGCGUCGUCUUCCUUCGCCUGUCCUUCGCCGUCGCCGCCGCAGACUCGCCCUUCAGAACGCACACCUCCCGCCCCGCCUUGCCUCGCCUCCCUCUCGUCUUGCGUUGGCCCCUCACCAUACUAGACCAAUACGUUACACUAUAGUUUUCUUUUUCAUACUAUUUGUCGUACUAGGAAAUUAUUAUGGUCGAUUUGCUGGGUCGGUCAGGCAUUGAUCCCAUUAACCCAAGAAGACGAGCAGAAGGCAAACAUUUUUGGGGAAUGGUUUAUAAUUAUUAGCCGUACGUAGUGAAAAGAACUAAGCUUGUUUUUCUCCCAUUGACAACCCACUUGUAGGUCUCUCCCACUAGCUACCUAGCGCCUUACCCUACGACUUUUAGGAUUAAAUGUAUUAUACUUCGUUCUUGUAAUAAAAAAGAGAAGAAUCAUGCAUAAUUCCACGUAAUGUUGGGAGCUAAGUUCUCCAAAAAGGAAGAGCGAGAAGCAGGAGUGUGAGGGAAGCUUAUAAUCAGAGGGGGAAUGUAUCGACGCUGUUGUUUAUAUCUUUCCUUUAGGCAAAUUAUGUGCAUCGCUUAGACACAGGUACUGAGGGGCGUGGAUCUCAGCGAUAUCCCAAGGCUGCUCUUACUUUGGGCAAACAAACUGCAUCGCUUAGACACAGAAACGAAGGAAGAUAUACGAAAGACCUCUCCCCAAAACUUAACUUUUUCCUAUGAACAAAUUAUCUGUAUCGGUUAGACACAGGUACGAAGGGAGACAAACAGGAGUAGUACCCGAAAAAUAAUCGCAACUAAACGAUAUACGUAUAAUGUUGCCGGAGAGAUAGAAACAAACUCGUACGACUGAAAAAUAAACUUGCGAGUGAAUGAAAAGUUUAAUGAAUGACUCCAGUGUGUGUCUUAAGGAAGUUAGUGGGCACAUGGAGGAACUGAAGUUGUAUAUUUACCUGAAGGCUUGAAUAACGCACAAUUAAGACCCAGGAAUCAAGGAGCGAGAAUUAUAUUAUGGCCUCGUAUUUCACGGCAAGCGGAAAUGUUUAUUUUUGUGAAGUCUGGGACAAACAUAGGACGGAAUUUUAUGGCUGUAUGGGGUUAGAAUGCCCGUGUGUGUGUGUGUGUGUGUGUGUGUGUGUGUGUGUGUGUGUGUGAGCUCCCCCUCGGUCUCCAUACACACUCUUCGCCUCUCCGUCGCUCGCCAGCAUCUCCCGCGGCGCCUUAACGUACUCACCCCGGCAGCUGACAGUCUAUAUGCCACAAGGAGGUGCUGUCGGACGCAUCAAGCUCUCACCCGCAGUUGUGCAUAAUGUGUAUCACAACAACAACAACAUCAACAUCAAAAAACAGAAAAAAAAUGGAUAAAAAUAGGUACUUUGUUGGUUGAAGCUCAAGCAGAUAACUCUACUGUACUCUUUUGUUGAUUUCUUUUAUAUAUAAGACAUUCAUGAAGUCCUUGUUGACGCCUUUGUUGUGCACUCGCCGCCUCGGAUAAGUUGGUGACCCCAGCAGCGGUGCAGUGUGUGGCCCUUCCCGACACCCGCCUGACGCAGCCCUCCUCCCGUCCCUUCCUCUUACCACUGUUCAAAUACGUUAAGCUCCAUUCGUCUAUGGAAGCAUUUGACGAGAUUACGUUCGUUUGACUUGACUUACCUAAUUCUUGUUAUGCUCCGUUUGUUUACGGAAGUAAUUUUAAGCGUUUCAGUGUUUUUGUGAUCUUUUUUUUUUCUCGUAACGAAUAAUUAACGCCCCAUUUUCUGUCUUUGAAGAUGUCAGCGCAAUCCUACCUCGUCUUCCCGUCUCUCUCCUCUCUCUCCUCUCUUAAUGUCUACCUCCUUCACUUUCUCCAAAUUCAGCGAUAUCCUUGCCUCGCCUUCCUCCCUCCCUCCUUCCUUCCUCGCCAAUUCUUCACGAUCAAGUUGGUUAGGAAUAAUAAAAACAUUCCCUUGGUUAGUUCGUUCGUUCCUGCGUUUAUAGGUUUGUUCUAACUUCUGUAAAACAGUUUCGAAUUUUUGACAAAGUGUUUGGUUUUAUCUAAGCGUUACUUUUUCGAAGAUUUAUGAUUAUUUACUUUCUAGUGAUGUGAUUAUUUACUUUCUAGUCAGUCCUGUUCCUCUACCUCCAUCUCCCUCCCAGCUCUCGCAACCCACACUGUAAAUCUCUGUAAAUGAUAAAUGACAGACGAUAAAAAAAAAAAAAACAAAGGAAGAACCAAUAAAAGAGAAUGAUACUUU